UCCUCCCCCGGCGAGGGGCGGGCUCGAGCACCGCGGCGCAACCAGGACGGGUGCACUCACAACCCAGGGGAUAUGGCGCCAGCAGAAGGCCCUGGGGCCAAGAAGGGCAUUUUGGACCGUCUGGACAGUGGGGAGGUUGUGAUUGGGGACGGCAGCUUUCUCCUCACUCUGGAGAAAAGAGGCUUUGUGAAAGCGGGCCUCUGGACUCCAGAAGCAGUGGUAGAGCAUCCAAAUGCAGUUCGUCAGCUUCACAUGGAGUUCUUGAGAGCAGGAGCGGAUGUCUUGCAGACAUUUACCUUUUCUGCCACUGAGGACAAUUUGGAAAGCAAGUGGGAAGAUGUAAAUGAAGCCGCCUGUGACCUAGCCAGGGAAGUGGCUGACAGAGGGGAUGCUUUGGUGGCAGGGGGGAUCUGUGAGACUUCAUUGUACAAAUACCACAAGGAUGAAGCUAGAAUUAAAAACAUUUUUCGACUACAGCUAGAAGUUUUUGCCAGGAAAAACGUGGACUUCUUGAUUGCAGAGUAUUUUGAGCACAUGGAGGAAGCUGUGUGGGCUGUGGAAGUCUUAAAAGAAGUCGGGAAACCUGUGGCCGCCACCAUGUGCAUAGGCCCGGAGGGGGAUAUGCAUGGCGUGACACCAGGAGAAUGUGCUGUGAAGCUGGUGCAGGCAGGGGCAAACAUUGUUGGGGUAAACUGCCGAUUUGGGCCCUGGACCAGUUUACAGACCAUGAAGCUCAUGAAGGAGGGUCUGCGGGCUACAGGGCUGCAAGCUCACUUGAUGGUGCAGUCCCUGGGCUUCCACACACCUGACUGUGGCAAAGGAGGGUUUGUGGAUCUCCCAGAAUAUCCCUUUGGCCUGGAGCCCAGAGUUGCAACCAGAUGGGAUAUUCAAAAAUAUGCCAGAGAAGCCUACAACCUGGGGAUCAGGUACAUCGGCGGGUGCUGUGGAUUUGAACCCUACCACAUCAGGGCAAUUGCAGAGGAGCUAGCUCCAGAAAGAGGAUUUUUUCCACCUGCUUCAGAAAAACAUGGCAGCUGGGGAAGUGGUCUCACUAUGCACACCAAGCCCUGGAUUAGAGCAAGGGCUAGACGGGAGUACUGGGAGAAUCUGCAUCCAGCUUCAGGAAGACCUUUCUGCCCUUCACUAUCAAAGCCUGAUGUGUAAGAAGCAGAGAAAGAAAAAUCUGAAGCAACAGAACAGAAAGAAAUGACUUCAAGUCCCACCUGGAACCUUCCUCACAGCUGUCCUCAUUCUGCCCUGAUCGUCCAGAUGCUAAGCAGCCCGUGAGCUCUAGUUCCUUCAGUUGUAGCAACACAUCCCUCCUGAGCCCCUGCUUAUUGGCUGUGGAAGAUUCAGAAAAGUGAGAAGCCCUUGGAUCCCCACACACUCUGUAUCCACUGUCCAUUUUUUUAAGGAUCACCAGACAUAGCCAAACUUGAUUUUUCAGGGUGGAUCUGACAUUUAAAAAUAACCAGAAGUCAGAGAGAAGCAACCCUAGUGAAUAAUUCGGGUGUCUAAACGAGGAGCUUAAGGAAGAUGGAGCAUCACUCUGAAAUAAAGCAUUCAGUCCACUUUUCUUAAAUGAUUUCUAUCAUGGCUACAAACAUAAUCUCAGUAGAAAAGAGGCAAAAACUAUUCUGAGAAAUGGCAGCAUUAUUGAAAUCAGGGUAUAACGUCCCAAAGUGAUUACUUUCAAACAUGAUUUGUGUUUAAAGGUCCUAGAAUUUUUAAGUGGGUCUCUCUAAGCACACAUAGCUAGAUUAUAAACUACUGAAGGCCAAGGGCCACGUAAUAUUAUUCUUACAUUCUUUCUUCUUUAGCCUCAUGCUGGACAUACUCCUAAGUGCUCAAUGAAACAGCUACUGAUUAAAGUAAAUAAAAGCAGGUAACAGUCUUAGAAGACCUUAGCAGCAGUCAGAGCUCAACUCCAUCUUGAUCUAGUAUUUUCUUGAUUUAUGUUUGUGUUGUAUACUGUGUGCCCAUUUCUCUCCAUCAAAACAAUGUGUCAUUGUGCAGUAAUUAGUAAAAUUACAAAUAAUUUCCCUUUUA